GAACCACAUUUUCGUAGCUCUCCCUCUACAUUCAAAUACUGUUUUUUUUACACUCGAACCUUUUACUUUUGCGGUUGAACCCUUUAUCACGAGCGUUACUCUUUCCUUCACUGUGAUCGUAGUCGUCUCUUCAAUCCGCUACUUCAUCUUUAAUCGAUUCCUUGAUCGUGGUUAUCAAGUUCGACUCGCAACUUGCCCUAGAACUUCAUUGUAUCUAGUGGUCUUGAUCUCUCACCUCUCAUCCUCUUAUAAAGUCAUCGUCACCUCAUCUCAUCACCUCUCACGCCACUCUUAUCUCUUAUUCUCUUUAACGACUGCUGUUAUCUUUCCUCAGCUUUACCUUACAUCCCUCUCGUACCGCCAUCAUGGCCUCUUCUACUUUCGCUUUGCCCGGUCCCCCUGCUUCUGCAACGCUUGGAAGUUCAAGCUUCCCCGAUCGACUAUCUCUACCGCAGGCUGGGGGCCAGGACGCUGGCAAAUCUACUCAUCAUCCUGAUGAUCCCAAGGGAAUCAUAACCAACGUUCAAGGCAUCGUUCCUACCCUUCAAAACAUUGUUGCGACCGUCAAUCUCGAAUGCCGGCUUGAUCUCAAAACAAUAGCACUUCAUGCUAGGAAUGCAGAAUACAAUCCCAAGCGUUUCGCUGCAGUGAUUAUGCGGAUACGAGAGCCCAAAACAACUGCUCUGAUCUUUGCCUCUGGCAAGAUGGUCGUCACUGGUGCCAAGUCUGAAGACGACUCUCGAUUAGCAGCACGCAAAUACGCUCGAAUUGUUCAGAAACUUGGUUUUGAAGCCAAGUUUACCGAAUUCAAGAUUCAAAACAUUGUGGGUUCGUGUGAUGUGAAAUUUCCGAUUCGAUUAGAAGGUUUGGCCUACAACCACGGGCAUUUCUCAUCUUAUGAGCCCGAGCUUUUUCCUGGUUUAAUCUACCGUAUGGUCAAGCCUAAGGUUGUGCUACUGAUCUUUGUAUCAGGCAAAAUCGUCCUGACUGGAGCCAAGGUCCGGGAGGAAAUCUAUCAAGCAUUCAACAACAUCUACCCAGUAUUGUCUGAAUUUCGGAAGCCUUGAACUCCAACCUCUCCUCGUCGUCAUCAUCAUCCCCUCACUCAUCCUUACCUCGACCGACCUACCCAUCUGCCUCUCGCCUUCUCUUCUUCACUCCUCCGCUUACUCUGUUAAGACCGACCGUGAAGACUUCACUUAUUCAAAAAUUACAAAGUCAACACUUGGUUGAACGUACAUGAACAUUUGCCAUAAUAAUAUUUGCUUUUAUUCACCAAUCACACUUUACAUCGUUCAACGGUCUCCCUUCCUCUCCUUUUUGUCUGCCGACGCGAUUUUCUUCUUUUCUUUGGGUUGUUUCCUUUUUACCAAGGAUAUAAAGGGGGUCCUAGGGUGUUUUUUUUUUUACUUUUUUUUUCCAAUCAUCAUCCCUCUUAAAACUUGUGUGUUAACAACCCUGUAUUCACUGUUUUAUCAGUUCUUUUUUUCACACAAUGGUAGAAAUCACGAUUUUAUGUGAAAAAAUGAAGUACACUUAACUAUUAAACUGAUUAGUUGUUGCAAUUUAAGAGAUUGAUAUGAUACAAAACUGUCCGCUACUCGAAGCAAACUUGAUCACUUUUGAACUUGG